CUUUUUCUUACAAGCAUAGCCGGAGUCACCGCCGACGACAUAACCGAGCAAAUAAAAACUACUCUAAACCCUAAACCCUCGGCCAGAGCUCCUUCUUUCUCUUUGUCCCCCUCCUUUGGCACAGUUUCAAUGGCGAAGACAGCGAAAGGAGCCGGCAGUGACAAGAAAGCCAAGAAGAAGAACAAGAAGAACAAAAAGUCUGGUCCAAGCACCGUGGCAAUGAAGCUCAAGACUCCAAAAGACAACCCUUUCGAGACCAUUUGGUCCCGCCGCAAAUUCGAUAUCCUCGGCAAGAAAAGGGGCAAGGGCGAAGAACGCCGUAUCGGCCUCGCACGAUCCCUCGCUAUCGACAAGAGGAAAAAGACGCUGCUGAAGGAGUUCGAGCAAAGCGGGAAGUCGUCGGUGUUCGUCGACAAACGAAUCGGGGAGAAGAAUGAUGAGCUCGGAGAGUUUGAUAAGGCAAUUAUGCGGUCCCAGCGCGAGCGUCAGUUGAAAUUAAGCAAGAAGAGCAAGUAUAACUUAUCAGACGGGGAAGAAGAGGAUUUAGAAAUUCAGGGCUUUGGUCCCCUUCUAGAGCGGGAUGAUUUUGACGAUGAAAUGCUGUCUGAUGAUGAUAAAGAUGAUGCAGAAGCAGAUGAAACAAGAAGGAAGUCAGCCAACUUAAAGCAACUUAAUGACCAUGAUACACCAAAUCAAGUAGAGCAGGGCAUGGUGGAAGGGGAAGAAAAUAAGCACAAAACCAAGAAGGAAGUAAUGGAGGAGGUUAUUUUGAAGAGCAAGUUCUUCAAGGCUCAAAAAGCAAAAGACAAGGAAGAAAAUGAAAAGUUGAUGGAAGAAUUGGAUAAAAGCUUCACAUCUUUAGUACAGUCUAAGGUCUUGUUAUCUUUGACUGAACCUGGCAAGAUGAAUGCCUUGAAGGCGCUUGUGAAUCAGAGCAUUCCUAAUGAGCAUUUGAAGAAGGAUGAUUUAUUAGUUACUCAAAAACCAGAAGCUUUUAGUCAGCAGGGAAAACCUGAUUCUUAUGAUAAACUUGUCAAAGAGAUGUCAUUGGAUAUUCGUGCUUAUCCAUCAGACAGGACAAAGACACCAGAGGAGAUUGCCCAGGAGGAGAGAGAACGACUAGAGCGAUUAGAGGAAGAGCGACAGAAACGGAUGCUUGCAACUAAUGAUUCAAGUGAUGAGGAGAAUGAUGAUAUUGAAAUGCCAUUGACCCAGAGGCCAAGGUCAAUAUCUGGGGAUGAUCUAGGUGAUUCCUUUUCUUUCCAUGAAGAGCCUAAGGCUAGAAAGGGCUGGGUUGAUGAGAUUCUUGAACGAAGGGAUGUGGAUGGCUCUGACAACGAGGAUGAUAAUUCUUCUGAAGAUUCAGAAAGUGCUGAAGAUGAUGGUGAUAAUGAAGGAUCUGAUGAAAGUGAUAAUAGUGAAGACAAGGAUGAAAGUGAUAAAACUCUGUCGUUGAAGGACUGGGAGCAGAGUGAUGAUGAUAAUCUUGGAACAGAUUUGGAAGGUGAUGAAGAAGAGUACAAUGACAAGCUUGAUGAUGAAGAUGAAGCAAUAGAGCCCAGAGGCUACAAGAAGUCAAAGAAAAAUGACAAUGUUGAGACUAGAGAAGGAAACGGCGAAUCUUUGGCUGCAAAGAACAUAAAGCAGUGUUCAACUGAAAAAGAAAUUCCCUUUUUAAUUGAAGCCCCAAAGAGCUUUGAAGAACUGUGUGCAUUAUUGGAUAAUUGUUCUAAUGCUAAUGUUAUGGUAGUAAUCAAUCGAAUUCGGGCAAGCAAUGCUAUAAAACUUGCUGCUGAAAAUCGGAAGAAAAUGCAAGUAUUUUAUGGUGUAUUAUUGCAGUAUUUUGCUGUCUUAGCAAAUAGAAAGCCAUUGAACUUUGAGUUGUUAAAUUUUCUGGUUAAGCCACUGAUAGAGAUGAGCAUGGAGAUUCCAUACUUUUCUGCAAUAUGUGCUCGUCAGCGGAUCUUGCAUACUCGAACACAAUUUUGUGAAUCUCUUAAGAAUUCAGAGAAUGGUUGUUGGCCUUCCAUGAAAACAUUGUGUCUCUUGAGGUUGUGGUCAAUGAUUUUUCCAUGCUCUGACUUACGUCAUGUUGUCAUGACCCCAGCAAUAUUAUUGAUGUGUGAAUAUCUGAUGCGUUGCCCCAUCAUGUCGGGUCGUGAUAUUGCAGUUGGUUCUUUCUUAUGCUCUAUGGUUCUCUCUGUCGUUAAACAAUCUAAGAAAUUCUGUCCUGAAGCCAUAAUGUUUCUCCAAUCACUGCUAAUGGCAGCUAUUGAAAGAAAACAAGCAUCUUAUCAUGAAUCUCAGUUUUAUCAUCUUGUGGAACUAAAAGCACUUGGGCCCGUGCUAUUUAUUCGCCAUUGUGUAAAUGAGAUUAGUCCUCUGAAUUUCUUUAUGAUAAUGGACAUGCCAGAGGACUCUGCCUUUUUAAGUUCAGAUAAUUUCAGGGCUAGUGUGCUAGUUACUGUGAUAGAAACUCUACAGGGAUACGUUGAUGUUUAUGAAGGGCUGAAUUCCUUCCCUGAAAUAUUCUUGCCAAUUUCGACAUUGUUACUUCAAGUGGCAAAACAGGAACACUUGCCAGCAGCAUUACAAGAUAAAUAUAAAAAUGUUGCUGAACUUAUUAAGAAGAAAGCUGAACAAUAUACACAGCGGCUACCACUUCAAAUGCGGAAGAAGAAGCCACUGCCCAUCAAACUACUUACUCCAAAAUUUGAGGAGAACUUUGUUAAGGGUAGAGAUUAUGAUCCAGAUCGUGAACGGGCUGAAGGAAGAAAGUUAAAGAAACAACUAAAAAGAGAAGCUAAAGGGGCAGCUCGCGAACUGCGAAAGGACAAUUAUUUCUUAUAUGAAGUGAAGGAAAAAGAAAAAGCUUUAAUGGAAGAAGAAAGAGCAGAGAAGUAUGGACAGAGCAGGGCUUUCCUCCAAGAGCAAGAACAUGCUUUCAAAUCUGGACAGCUAGGAAAAGGCAGUAAGAGAAGAAGAUGAUUUUAUAUGUUUGUCCUACUUGCUUGUUUCCUUUGUAGUUUUUCUUAUUACUGAAAUCAUAUUUCCCACAUGUUUUUUUUUUUUUUAGAAUAGUCUCUGAUCUAUGACAUAGUAGUUUAUUGAGGACGGUUCUUGAAAUAAUGGUUGCUGCUUUGCUAUGUAUUUAUCCUUUAUUUUUUU